UCGAGGUUCGUGGUUGUGCAGUUUGCUGCCAACAACUGCGCUAAAUUACCCUAAAAUGUUUGAAAAGAAGGAAUUAAUGUGUGGAAUAUGCUACAGCAAAUACGGCACAGGAUUUCCACAAAGAAUUCCACGAGAUCUYGACUGCAAGCAUACAUUUUGUACAGAAUGYAUUACGAAAAUUGGUGAUCUACAAGGAGAUGUCAUYGAAUGYCCAACGUGCAAACUAAGAACACUUCUCAAUAGCGAUGGCGUCGAGGGUUUACCAAAAAACUUGGACCUUCUAACAGCUGUCUUUGAAUCCGAAAAAGAACAAGAACUAAUCUGUAAUUUCUGCGCUUCAAAAGUYUACCCUCCAAAACCAGCUCGAUUUUUCUGUACUGAAUGCUCCGUUUAUUCUUGCGGGAGUUGUUCUGAYGAAAUUCAUUCUCAAAUCGAGUUCAGAACUCAUGAUAUUUGYCUGGCGAGUGCAAAAAGCGAGGAAGAUGAGAACAAUACGUCUGUACCGACGAAAUCACGACCGUCUUCCGUUGGCUCUACGAGCAGUAGAGCGUCAAGUAAACUCAGCAGUCAAKCUUCAAGUCACUUGUUGAACUAUAGUCUUUUGCCAGAUGACUUAAAACGUAGUUAUGCACCAGAAUGCCCCGAGCACAAGAGUAAGCUAAAUUUCUAUUGUCGAACAUGCAACGUUUUGUGUUGCGAAAUAUGUCAUCUUUAUGGAUCCCACACGGGUCAUAGUUGCUUUGAAGUCCACGARGCGGAGGAGCGAGAACGGAAGAUACUCGAGACGCUUCAAGCUACAGUUGAGAAGCAAGGCGAUAAGUACAUCAAAGCACGAGGGGACGUCCAGAGAAUGAUUGAAGACGUAAAACAAGGGCCGAAGAGGAUUUUGGUGUACUCGGAUCGGACCGAAAUGAUCGAGAUUUCAAGUCGUGCUAAAACGGCUAGUCGAUGCUGCGACAAAGCCCUUGCGCUAGACUAUUACGAGAUGCUGACACGAAAGAGCGAAGUGGAGCGAGAUAUACGAGAAGUACUAUCACUGUCUUGUGAUACAACGCCCGCAGCUAAAAGGAACAAAGAAUUUCUCUUUUGUAUAAUAUUGCUCAUUCCUCCAAAAUGGCCGCCGGUCUUUUAUCUUUUGAAUCGAAUGGUUCAAAACGAUCAAGUAAACRYYUAUGUUUCUCCCUUUUUAGGUGAAAAUAACUCGUUUGUAGAGAUUUACAAAGGCUGUGAUCACACGGUGACCGUCGACAGAUUAAAACUAUUACCACUCGGACAACAUGUGCAGUUUCGCGCAUGCGCGAUUAAUAYAAUCGGACAAGGACCRUGGAGCUUUGCGUACGGAAUUAAAAUACCUUCAUAAYACAAUAUACCUGUAAAGACUAUCUCAAGAGACGAUUUCAACACUAGAUUUCUACAAAUGAAAGUCUACGAUUCUUGAAGUUGAAUUUUGGRYAAUCAUCUCUUAUGUUAGUGCUUGUUUCAACUGCCAGAAAAGCAUUCCAAUAGACKAAACCAUUUUGUGCAAGACUAAACAUUAYGUGAACUAUGUAUUCCYCGCACUUUUAGGAGCAUUUCUCAACUGAACACGAAGGAACAUUUGGAACUUUACAUCACUGWUGAAAGCAGAUAUUAUCAUAUUGCUAUAUUUUAGAGUAGAAAGCGAGUAUUUUACAUAUCAAAUGAAUGAAGAUUAAACAAAGUAAAUAAAUGGUAUAUUAUGAUUCGAAUUUCCUUGAAAAAGUGUUAUCUUUCAAUCAUAAUAAAAUUAUCAUCGAAAGAUGAAUUACUGRAUUGCUAUACGUUGAUAUGCUGUCAUUUCAUUUGCUCGUAUAAAAGUCAUUCAGUGCUUUUUCAAAUCAUGAUUCAUAACAUCCUAUUCAAGUGAAAAUAUUUUUUCAAAAUUUCCGGGUUAUGCGUGUGGAUGUAACCCGAAUGAAAGAAAGAAAAAAACGUUGAGAAUGACAAAGAAAACUCCAAAUGAAAAAAAUAUAUUUCCCGGUCUCUGAAAAAUAGGGCCUCGAGAGUAUAAGUAGAUAACACUAUGUAUGACACUAUGUAUAACACUAUGUAUAACACUAUUGUAUGUGUAACAACCCUCCAGAAUACAUAGAUYGAACCGAUACUUUAAUAUCUAGUAAUCAUUACGCGAAUUCGUUUUGCUUUGCAUAAUAGAUGAAAACAUUCUAAGGACCAACAAAAACCUUUAAGAUACUUGUAAUGCAAUUUUUCAUCUUAUUCCAACAAAAUAAAAAAAAAAUCAUUGAAAA